AUGAAUAACCCACCCAACAGUACCGAACAACCGAUCAUGGAGCAGAAAGGCAAGGAGACUGCCCAAGACCAAGGGCCCAAGAUUAACAAGAUGGAGCAGGACAACUAUACGCGCCCCCCUCGCGUUAGCUUUGGUAUUGAGCUAGAGUUUCUCGUGGCUCGCAACACCCAACGCACUCCCGACAUGGACAAAGAUGUGCCAGAUCUCGCACCAGCUACGUAUAGUUGGGGUGAUGAAGCCGUCAAGAAAUUGCUGCGGGACAACGGGUUCACUGUCAGUGGUGGCUUCACCGCUCAUAGCUCAGCUGACCAGCUAUGGGUGGUUACACGAGACGGCAGUGUAUCCGAAAACAACUGCCGUAGGGACGCUUACAGUACUCGUUGGGAUUCCGUGGAGAUCUCCAGUCCGCCAUUGUAUUCCUCUGAAGAGGCAUAUAACCUCAUCUCGGCGGUUGUUCGAGUGCUGACUACCAAUCUACGAGUCAGGGUAAACACCACCUGCGGCUUCCACGUUCACGUUGGCAAUGGACCUCAUCAGCUCGAUUUGCGUGCGUUGAGGAACUACGCCGCGCUUCUCUGGGCAUCGGAACCAGUCCUUUCGACGCUCCAUUGCCCUACACGGAGCUUCACUUACUGGUCAAAGUCCAUCCGACGUCGGCACUGUAUCAACUUCGUCAAGGGCCUAACUGCCAACGAGGCACAUCGUCAGAUAAUGAUCCAGGAGCCGCGAAUGGUGCCUCGCUUUAUCUCAAGGGCGAGGAAGUUUGGAGAAAGUCCCGCUGCCUCUCACACGGCUUUGCGUCAACACCUCCGGAUAGACGACGAUAAUCCAUUGACGCUAAAGCUGACCUAUGACGACGACGAAUCUGAUUGGGAAAACACAUACAGCAACCCUUUCGAGCGGCCCAAGAGACCCAAAGGACCACGACACGAGGAACUGGAAAUGGAAGGUCCACAAGUGAGAUUAUGUUCAGAAGAACGAGCUGCGCUGCUUGACGACGAAUCCACCCGUCGCGAGCUACCUCCUCAAAUCGCCUUUCCAGUCUCGGAAAUCAUGAGAUCUGGUGUAUCGCCUGGUCUUGUUCUAUUGUUGGACAACAAUCGAGCAAAGAAGAAGCCCAUCUCCCAUCGGGAGGUCAAUACCCUCCCACAGAACAGAUGGAAAAUCGAUUCGGUCCACCUAAGCAAUAACGGAGAUCCUGUUGACCUUGACGCCUUUGAUGCUAACACGAAACUUGCGUGGAAAGGAGUCGCAGAGUUCUUGGCUUGCGAUAUCGGUGCGCACCAGCUUGCAUACCUGCUGACUGACUCCACGGAGGGCCUGAGCAACGGUAAAGGCCACACUAGCAACUGGAUCGGGCAGCUCCCAGGUGAAAUGUCAGCUCAUCAGUGCGAGCGGUCGAGUAACCCGACUAUCGAGUGCCGUCUCGCUGCUGGCACUCUUGAUGCGGAGUGGAUUGUCACCUGGGCCAAGGUCCAGUGUCGUCUGCUCGAGUGGGCUCGAGACGCGGAUCCCGCGCAGUUAAUGAAUGUCAUUGGUAAGUUAUCUCGUGAUGAUCAUUCCGAUGAAUGUACUUACGAUGUCCUAGACUUCCUGAGGGAUAUUGGCAUGUACACAGAACUCAAGUGUUGCCAGGAGCGUCUUCGCAGAUGCGAGGAAGCUUGGUACGAGUGCAUGUCGAUGAAGCCACUUCCUCCUGACUACAACACAGGGCCGCCAGUUCGUCUUGAGCCAAGUCUGUCUUUCCGUAUAGAUGUUGAAUGA